AAUCUUAAGAACAGAUUGUUGAUUAUAGGUGAUGAUUAGUGCCCUCUAGUGGAGUGAUGUUUAAAGUAACAAUAAUAGAUGCAAAUUAUGCAAUGCUUUAUGAAAGUGAUUAUUAGAUGUGAAUAGAAAGGAACAGGCCCUUUUUCCCUACACACUAAAUAUAAACUUAGGGUAAAUGGCAUAUACAUUUACACAGUGUAAAUAGCUGCUGCUGAAACAUUUUUGGCUUAUUUAAUGCCACUUUUUGACAUUGAGAUCACAUCCAGUGGCAAAUUAAAUGUUUUGUCAUGCUGUUUCUAUAUAAAAGCACAUCUGCCAAGACUGUAUUAAUAGAGUGUCUUGUUAUGCCGAUGCAUCAUAUGUACUACUAGUAAAAGGUGAUUUGGUAGUCAUUAUAAGACAAUAUCAUAUGAUGUGCUUCCUCAUAUUUUUUAAUACGUUUUAAAUGCAUAUGCAAAUGAAAAUACAUGUAUUUGAGCACUUCUUCGCCCUCAAAAUAACAGUGUGUUUGAGAGAAACUGUAUCGGGUGAUGGAAGACCACACGAUGCAUCAGACGGAUCACAUGACCACUAUCGAGGCCCAUGCCGUCACUCAGCAGGUCGGGCAGGUGCACGUGGCCACGUACACAGAGCAUGGCAUGCUGAGCGCUGAUGAGGAUUCGCCAUCCUCGCCCGAUGAUGACGUUUACGAUGACUCUGAUAUACUUAACUCAACUGGAACAGAUGAGGUCACCGCACAUCUGGCUGCUGCAGGGCCUGUUGGCAUGGCAGCAGCCGCAGCUGUGGCAACAGGGAAGAAACGGAAACGACCGCACAUCUUUGAAUCAAACCCUUCAAUCCGUAAAAGACAACAGACUCGCUUACUUAGGAAGCUGAGAGCAACUCUGGACGAGUACACAACACGAGUUGGCCAGCAGGCUAUUGUGUUGUGCAUCUCUCCCUCUAAACCCAACCCUGUGUUUAGAGUAUUUGGAGCGGCACCGUUAGAGAAUGUGGUGAGAAAAUACAAGAGCAUGAUUCUGGAGGAUUUGGAAAACGCUCUGGCUGAACACGCGCCCCCUGGUGGUGGAGAACUCAGCUCUGAACUGCCUCCACUGACUAUUGACGGCAUACCAGUGUCUGUGGACAAGAUGACACAGGCCCAACUCCGAGCGUUCAUUCCAGAAAUGCUAAAGUAUUCCACAGGCCGUGGGAAGCCUGGCUGGGGGAAAGAGAGCUGCAAGCCCAUCUGGUGGCCAGAGGACAUUCCCUGGGCCAACGUACGCAGUGACGUCCGAACAGAGGAGCAGAAACAGAGGGUGUCAUGGACGCAAGCCCUGAGGACUAUCGUUAAAAACUGCUAUAAGCAGCAUGGGAGAGAGGACCUGCUCUACGCCUUUGAGGACCAGAUCACCACACAACAAGUUGCCACAACAACCACUCACAGCAUUGCACACCUGGUGCCGUCACAGACCGUAGUGCAGACGAUCAGUAAUCCUGAUGGAACCGUCUCACUCAUACAGGUUGGAACUGGAGCCACGGUAGCAACGCUGGCCGAUGCGUCAGAAUUGCCAGGCACGAUGACGGUGGCCCAGGUGAAUUACUCCACAGUGACAGAUGGAGAGGUGGAACAGAAUUGGGCCACACUACAGGGAGGCGAGAUGACCAUCCAGACCACGCAGCCAUCGGAAGCCACGCAGGCUGUGGCCUCCUUAGCCGAAGCUGCGGUAGCUGCUUCGCAAGAGAUGCAGCCAGGGGCAACUGUUACUAUGGCACUCAACAGGUACUCAUGUGAAGCAGCAGCUCACGCAGUGGCGACGUUAGCAGAAGCGACUCUUCAGGGAGGAGGACAAAUUGUGUUAGCAGGAGAAACGGCGGCUGCAGUAGGAGCUUUAACUGGCGUUUCGGAUGGCAGUGGUCUUGUCCAGAUUCCAGUCAGCAUGUAUCAGACUGUCGUCACCAGUUUGGCCCAGGGAAAUCGACCCGUUCAGGUGGCCAUGGCUCCCAUAACCACGCGCAUCGACAACACGAUGACGCUUGACGGACAGGCGGUGGAAGUGGUGACCCUAGAACAGUGACAUACUCUACCCCUGCAGGUGUGUGGGACAGGACGUUCGGCGCCUAUGUGAAUAGCUGCUGGAAUAUAGUGCAAAAAUAAUAUUUGAAGCUGUUCACAUAUGUCUGCAGGGGGCUGGAUAGUUCUUUUGUUUUUCUUUUUUACAUUGUACACAGUUCAUUGUCUUUUUUUUUUUCCUAGUGUUGUUAAAUUUGUUAUUGUCAUUGUGUUUUUUUUUUUUAGCUGUUGUUUGAUAAAUGUAUUGCAGAGGAUACUUAGAAAUUACAUUGCAAGAAAACGAAAUCAACCACAUUUUCAGCCUUUAAAAACUGGUAUAAUUUCAUUUCUUCCCAUGCAAGCUUUGUGUUGGUCAUUCUUGAUAUUUCCUCAGUUUUCAUCUGUAUAUCUAUAUAUAUAUAUCUCUAUAUAUAUAUGUGCGAAACAUCUUGUGCCAUAUUUGAGUCAUUUCAUUAAUAUAUUGUGUAAAUUGCAUUAUGAUUUUAGUGUUAGAUCCCAUUGACUACUGAGAUGACAUGCAUUUUUUUUUUUUGCUUUUUGUCAGUCUGUAUAAUGUAGAAUUCUUUGUAUGCAUUUCACGUGAACUCCCAAUGUAAAAAAUGGUAUGACCUUGAAUGAUUAUGUGGUAUAUUGAAUGAGACCACCAUUUCCUGUCGGUACAGAAUUAUUCUGAAAUUUGAGCACAGUCGCUCAGUGCUAUCUAUAGACUUUCACUGAAUUGUACUAUUAAUUGAUAACUAUAAAUGUUGACGACUUACCAGUGGUGAGGCUGAAGAUGUAGCACUAUAUAUCGUUCAACUUUUAUACUUCAGAACAUGAACAGAACUUUGCAUAACUGAUUCUGUUAUGAAACUGCUGGGGAAAAUGUUUUAUUUAUUUUUUAUUUAUUUUUCUAAAUGUUUAGAUGUGCGCUCUUAUCUUUAGAACAACACACAAAAUCACACAUUGAAAGAGGUAAAGGUAUGAUAGAUUUUAUUGCAAAGUGAAAGAACCAUAAAUUCAUUAUCUCUUUAUCUCUCAAGCUCUCCUAUUGUUUCUACAAUGCAAAUUUGUGUGGCAAAUAUGGAUGUUUUGUUACGGUUUAGCACCUCUUCCACCCAUAAUCCAUCAAGUUUUCUGCUCCUGGUCGGGUUGAAUUUUUAUACGACUAAAACCUCAUACAAGAUCCUUUUUAUGUAAAUUUUGUAAAAUAUAAGGUUUGAUGAAACCGAACUCUCCCAUGUUGCCGGUGAAUGAAUGAUGGUGACAUUGGCGGAGUUUGUCUUUCCCUUUUUAUCCAGUCUUGGAAAUAAAAUGGCCACUAUUCAAAA